GGAUUUUAGUCUAAAUUGCGACGCUGUUCGGUUUGUUUGUAUACAGAGCUAACUAAAACGUUAACAGAGAAAAUUGUUUCCAUUGCACUUUGAAAUAAAAAGGAAAUUUGAUUGUGAAAGAAAUUGAAAGAAAUUCGUUUGGACUCACACAGAAAAGUUGUGCAGGAUCAUUGACCGAAAAACUGUAAUUACGUGUUUGCUGUAAGUGUGAUUGUCGGCUUAAAAUCAGUGUUCAGAUGCAUCAAAAUUUUUGAUUAAUCGAUUGAUUGCUGGUAUAUAAAUUACAAGAAUAUUUGAACGAAUUUACAUUUUUUGCGUGUGAAAAAAUCUAAAUAAAACCAACGACAGAAGAAAUGGCUACCUAUGCAGCAUUUAAACAUAUCGAAUUGUACAAUGUUGGAAAAGCGAAGAAAAGAGUGCUAAAACCACCAGGCGGUGGAAGUAGUGACAUUUUCGGACACGCCAACGGCAACACGGCAGCAACUCCACGCUCGAAUAAAGGACACAUGGCUUCCAAUAUCUUUGCGCCACCAUUGGCGAAAUCUUGCAACGACCGUCAAGGAGAAUAUAGAUACUUUUUUAUUGGUGACAAUCAUCGCCGUAAUCCCAACAUGGACUCGCACAAUCGUCUGUUCGGCGAAGUAGAACGUCCAUACACUCCAGCUAAAAACCAUCAAAAGAGCAGCAUUCCACUCGGUGGAGCUGAUUCAGUCGAUUCGACACCACGAACGAACGGCACUAAUGGCACGAAAGCAAACGGAACAAACGGCCAUACCAAUGGCAAUGGCCAUUCGAACGGUGAAGCUAUGGUCGCUAAUGGAAACAGUGUUAAACAUGUCUUCUUGAGGAGAAGAAAACCAAUCACUUCGCCUAACAAUUCCUAUUCGUCGUCCAUUCAAGAAGAAAUACUAAGUCCGCGCAGUCCGGCUGCAACGACGCCAAGACGUAAAUUGAACGCUCCGCUCGAUAAUUUGCCCAUACAACCGAUCGAAAUCGAUACGCAUGUUCAUUUUAACGGAGCUAACGGUCCACUAACUAACACGACCAAUUCAUCGUCGUUUUCCUCAUCCACGGAUGAUUCAAAUUAUGGUUUCGUAAAAUCGCCACGGUUAACGCCACGAAAUCCGGUUACGGGUAUGGGAGUUCAAGAUUCGUUUCAUCGUGGAAGAAGAAUGGAUGGUCGACGAGAUGGCAAUCCCGUCACCGGUCACGGCUAUAGCACGGAAAUAAAUACAGCUGUACCCGCAUUGAAUGGUGGUUCAUCAAAGCCUGCCGUGUUGAACGGCACGAACCAAGUAAUCAACAAAAAUCGUAUUCCACCGGGAGGUUUCUCGUCGGGACUAUGGUAGACAUUGGGUGGCUUUGGCAUCGGUAACACGAACGAGAGAAAAACGAUUUCAGUUUUUUUUAAUUGUUGUUGAAGACACACACACACUCCAAAAUUUUUAGAAAUUAUCAAAACAAAAAUAAAAAUCCUUUCCACACAAAAGAGAGAGAAUGAAUUAAUAAAAAA